ACUCUGGCUUGUAUCGUCAAAUGUUUCCUGAAAUCAGCGUUUCAGAUAGUUGAGGUGUUUCGUAUUGGCAACACAAAGUCAGCGCGUCCUCGGACUUCAUUGCCAGCGAGAACUGAGACUGGUUGGCAUUCCGAUGUGUUCAAAGAUGGCAAAGCAGCUUCACAGUCUGCUGUUCCUCGCACUUGUGGCGGCGGCCGCAAGCAGCAACAGUGUCUCAAGAUCAGAUGGCUGCACAAAUCCAAGCGGCCGGGCCGGCAUGUGUCUCAACAUCAAGCAGUGCUCUCCGCUCCUGAACUUGCUGCGACAACAGCGCCAAAUCGCCGGCGUGGCAGACUUCCUUCGCGCAUCGGCGUGUGGCUACGAGGGGUCAGACCCCAAGGUGUGCUGCCCGGGCACUGAAACACGCGCGACAGAGGCAGAACCCGAGAACGACUCCAGGACACCAGUCAAGGAACCUGUGAAGCUCCCAGAUGUCACAGAGUGUGGCAUUGCAGGGCAACCGGACGAGCAACGUAUUAUAGGCGGAUAUCCCGCAAAACUUGGUGCGUGGCCCUGGCUUGUGGCACUGGGCUACAAGUCAUCAUCCUCAGCAGACAUUAAGUUCUUGUGCGGAGGUGCCCUCAUAACCAACAGACACGUGAUCACAGCAGGACACUGCGUGCAUGGCCGCAAGGACUUGUACAUGGCAAGGCUUGGCGAGCUGGACCUGGAGCGAGAUGAUGAUGGGGCUACACCAAUAGACAUCUUGAUAGAAGACCAUAAAGUGCACAACAACUAUGACCCCAGAACAUUUGUCAAUGAUGUUGCCAUCUUGAGGUUGCAGAAUGAUGUCAACUACACAAACCUCAUCAGACCCAUCUGUCUGCCGCUCGCUCCCGAGAUUCGCUCCCUGGACUUUGUGAGGAAGUUCCCAUACAUUGCGGGAUGGGGUUCUGUCCAGUUCAAUGGACCAUCCAGCUCCCAGCUGCUGCAGCUACAGAUCCCCGUCGUCAGUCAGGCGCAGUGCAAGGAUGCCUUCAAGAAGUUCAGCACAGCCCACAUUGAUGAUCAUGUCCUAUGUGCAGGGUAUGCUCAGGGUGGGAAAGAUGCUUGCCAGGGUGACUCUGGUGGGCCACUCAUGUGGUCCAAGAGCCAGCGGUACUACCUGAUCGGCGUCGUGUCAUAUGGCUUUCGGUGCGCAGAACCUGGAUAUCCGGGUGUAUAUACCAGGGUCUCUGCCUUCCUGGACUGGAUCACCACUCACCUUAUAUGAGGCUGCACAGUUUCAGUAUCUAGAAUGCAGAGAAUUGCAUCGGUAUGAACUGUGUCCACAGCAUCCUCACACAGACAAAUUGUUUCAUAAGAAUGUUCAGAGGCACAACUGUAUCCCUACAGAUGACUGCCCAAAUUACUUUAGUGUCUUAAAACUGAUUCUAUGACUUAUGGUGCAACACCACCUUAAAGGUCGUGAAAACAGUUUAUGGCAGCGACUGUUUUUGGAUAGGAGCUAACAUCAUUGUCAGCUGACUUCAAAUUAGGCUGCCUUUAGUCUAAAACAUGGCAUGUGUGCAUGCAGUUCCAUAUUAUUAGGCCAGUCAAUCAAUCAUUCAAUCAGUCAUUUUGGAAAGGGCCUGAAUCCAUUUAUGGCAAAAAAGUUAAGAACAUGAUAACACAUCCUACACACAUCUUUCCAUAAAGAGUGGGCAUCAAUGCACAAACUGAAUACUUUUUACAGGGCCUUCACACCUAGCAAACAUGCGAGCAAAGUUACAUGUUGCAUCAUUAUACAUUUGAGGACUCAACAAAGCAAAUGUUUGACCUUCCAAGUGCCAGCAAAACUUGUUCUCACAUUCAAGACGGUUUAUUCAGAUAAAGUACCUAUUAAUUGUGUAAAAACGAUAAGACAUCCAUUAUUUGGUGUCCUGCUUUUCAUAUAAACACAAGAAAAUUUAUGACAAAAUAUUAACAUGGCCUGUAUCGGCCAGGGGUAAUGAUGAUGAUGAUGAUGAUAACUGAGAAGAUGAACUCCAAGUUUGUUUUAAAUAUUCAAAUAUUGCUGAUAUCAUUGCUUUGUAGCUGACAAACAGCAGUUUCAUUCUAGAAUUUUCAAACAUUUUAUUUUAAAUGUUAGUGGAAUGUGGAAAAACUGUUUUCUGAAACCUGAGGGUUUUGUAGUAGCCGUUUAAAAUGACUGACUGAAUUGAAAAUAAUGAUCAUAAGUAUGAUAAAAUUAAUUUUAGAUAUACACACACACACAAAACAUGAAAUAGUGGCAGUUAUAUAACAUCAAUGCAAGAAUAAAAAAAAAUCAUGUUGCUGAGGCAACGUGAUCUGUAUUUGAAAACACAGCACCCAAAAUGACUGAAUGUCACAGGGCAGACCAAUGAGGGACCUAAACAUGAGCACCAUCCUGACAGAUUUCUGAGCAAGCCUAUUAUCAAAUCAGAUGUACAGCAACAAAUUAAAACUUAUCUUGGCAUUAAUGUAACUGAUAUCUUGUCAGCUGUCAUUAACAGAUGCACCAAGGCAUCACAUUGCUCAUAUCACCCCUUGCAUCAACAUCACUGUUACCUGAUGUCACAGAAUGCAGUAUUUUCAGUUUCAAACUCUCCUUGCUAUUUAACACAAGAUCAAACACUUUACAUCACAUAUAAUACCAUGAAAAAUGUAAUUUUGCCCUCACAUGCAAUAUUAAUAUAAACAAUUAUAAAGACAGUCUUUGAGCACAAUGGCAGACUACAAAGCAUAAAAUCAACCACUAGAAUCAAGCCCCUGACACUAGCAAAACAAGUCACACUGUAAAAGCUGCCACAUUUCCACUGUUCAAGCAAGGGCGUUGAAUCUUGUCUACAUACGGGACAUUUCUGCCAUCAUGCCUGCAGCAGGCCGCGUGUUUACCACCAUGAAAUAAUGAAUAUCAUCAAUACACAUAAACACUGUAUUAUGGCAGGUGGAAGGAACCACAGCUGACCGCCACAAAAGCAGGCAGUCGGUGCAAUAUUGUGUAGCACUGACUAAAUAUGAGAUUCUCCUUGAACAUCAUUUUAAAUGCAAUUAAAUUCUGAAGGAGUUCAUUUUGAAUUCUUUUAUCACUAUGUGCUAUAAAUGAGAACAAAUUAGACUGGAAAGGUGAAAUCUGCACCAGAAUACACAGUCUCCACGUGUUCUUUGCAAAGAUUGAAUUCGGAAUGCUCGUAGCUAAAUUAAAAUAUAUAUAUACACACACACACUAGCAUUACCAUCUGUAUCAUUUACAUCAGCAAAGCAGUAAUUUUCUGGCAAUGUAAAAACAUAAGCAUAUCUCAUUUAUUCAUCAUCUCUUACCUACAUGUCAUCUUAUUAUCAAAAUAAAUGAGUGAAGUGCAAUCUAAUAUAAUUUCCAUGAUUUUCAGCAAAUGCACAAACUUCUUUUUCCUUAUUCUCUAGCAGUUAAAUUGUCUAUCAGAAACUGAUUGUUGGCGUAAGUGUUGAUUCAGAUGGUUUUAAAGUUGUAUUACAGACUUAUCAAUUAGUGCAAUGUACAGUCAAUGAUCUUACUUGAAAGUCUCUUAAUCUGUAAAUUCUAAAGAAAAAUUAUUCUUAACAGAUGAGAUCAGUUAUCUUAAUCUAACAUUAACAUUAGUUUUUAACUAUAAAUAUUAUAUGUUCUUAAUAUCUUUAGGUACCAUAUAUCAACAUCAAUUUAACACGAUGCAAGUUAACUCUGUGGUAGCAAACUGGACUCGUCAUGGGAUUGAAUUCUGCUCAAGUGAUAUUAUUUUUUGUUUCAUGCAGUCACCAAGCUGUUGUUUUACAUAAUAUAAAUAAUUAUUAUACCACA